UGUAGCUACAGUAGGAUAACACGCAUACCACCAAUAGACUACUGCAUCGCCUCCACGCGAAGUAUCACCGCCUCCCUUUCUCUGCGUACUUACUUUGCAGCUUCAGCUGCGCCGCUCAUCUUACCGUGUUGCUCGCACCAGUCGUCGCUGAUUUCCGGUGAUUCACACUUUUUAUUGUUUAAAAGGGGAAGAAUCUGUUGAAGGGCUUCAGAAUAGGAUUGUUACUCUAGAGGUUAUCGCACGACUUGUGUUUAUAAAUAUUGGUGUUUGCUAGAGUGCAAAAGGCUACCAACGAUUUUAUGCAUGGAGACAACAUGUCAGAUUAAAUUUUGAUACCCUGGUAUCCUAUUAAUAAAAUAAAAUCAAGUAGCUAAGAUGUCAUUGUCGUAUUUUAUCUUCAUUUUUCAGCACUGAAUACCUGAAGCACUGCUAGACUGUUGACUGACUAGCCUAACACCUACACUUUCACUACAAGGCGGUUUCUCUCUCUGGUAGGCAGUUUUUUUCUUGACAGUAGACUAUCAGCCUCAGCAGCUUGUGUCUGACCAUGUCGACCAUCGAAGAAAUCCCUGGUUUUUUUGGUAACAUGGGCUCAGGAAGCCCCAAUCCCCGCCAGAAAUUCUGUGGCGUGUUCUGUCCGGUGGAGGACUCAACCGAGAACAAGACACUGGAUUUCGACUGUCUGUCUAUGGGCAGGGCAGGUGGCAAGGCUGACAAACGAGUCAUCGACAAGCAGAGGGACAUCUCCAAGCCCGUCGCGAGGAAGGUUGAGAUCCGAAGAAGCACCGGUAAAGAGGCGCUACAGAACCUUAACGAGGAGAGUGACCGUCUCUUGAUCAAAGGGGGCAAAAUUGUGAAUGAUGACCAGUCCUUCCACGCUGAUAUCUACAUGGAAGAUGGGGUUAUCAAGCAAAUUGGGGAGAACCUCAUUGUUCCCGGCGGGGUGAAGACCAUCGACGCCUAUGGGCGCAUGCUGAUGCCAGGGGGCAUCGAUGUGCACACGCGCUUCCAGAUGCCCGACCGGGGCAUGACUGCGGCUGACGACUUCUACCAGGGCACCCGUGCUGCCCUGGCUGGGGGCACCACCAUGAUCAUCGACCACGUGGUGCCGGAGCCCGGGGUCAGCCUGGUGGCAGCCUUCGACCAGUGGCGUGAGUGGGCGGACAGCAAGUCCUGCUGUGACUAUUCCCUGCACGUGGACAUCACCGAGUGGCACAAGGGCGUGCAGGAGGAGAUGGAGGCUCUGGUGAAGGACCACGGUGUCAACUCUUUCCUGGUCUAUUUGGCUUAUAAGGAUGUGUUCCAGCUCACAGAUUCUCAGAUGUACGAGGUGUUUAGUGUGAUCAGGGACCUGGGGGCCAUUGCGCAGGUCCAUGCCGAGAAUGGUGACAUCAUCGCCGAGGAACAGCAUCGGAUUCUGGAGCUGGGUAUCACUGGACCUGAAGGUCAUGUACUCAGUCGACCUGAGGAGGUGGAGGCAGAGGCAGUCAACCGCUCAAUCACGGUGGCCAAUCAGACCAAUUGCCCCCUCUACAUCACUAAGGUGAUGAGCAAAAGUGCUGCUGAUGUCAUUGCCCUGGCCAGGAAGAAAGGCACUGUGGUGUAUGGAGAGCCCAUCUCAGCCAGCCUGGGCACCGAUGGGUCUCACUACUGGAGCAAGAACUGGGCCAAAGCUGCUGCCUUUGUCACAUCUCCACCCCUCAGCCCUGACCCCACCACCCCUGACUAUCUCAACUCUCUGCUGUCCUGUGGUGAUUUGCAAGUGACUGGCAGUGCCCACUGCACAUUCAAUACCUCUCAGCGUGCCGUGGGCAAGGACGAUUUCACCCUCAUUCCAGAGGGCACCAACGGCACGGAGGAGCGGCUGUCUAUAAUCUGGGACAAGUGUGUGGUGACGGGAAAGAUGGAUGAGAACCAGUUUGUGGCUGUCACCAGCACCAACGCCGCCAAGAUCUUCAACCUGUACCCGCGCAAGGGUCGCAUCGCCGUGGGCUCCGACGCCGACCUGGUGCUCUGGGACCCAGACGUCACCAAGAUCAUCUCGGCCAAGAGCCACAAUCUGGCUGUGGAGUACAACAUCUUUGAGGGGACAGAGGUACGUGGCGCUCCCCUGGUGGUGAUCAGCCAGGGCAAGAUCGUUCUGGAAGACGGUAACCUGCACACCACCGAGGGUUCAGGCCGCUACGUGUCUCGCAAACCCUUCCCCGACUAUGUCUACAAGAGGAUAAAGGCCCGCAGCAGGCUGGCUGAGCUGAGGGGGGUCCCGCGGGGUCUUUACGAUGGACCAGUGUGCGAGGUGUCAGCAACUUCUGCGAAGACCAUCACCCCAGCAACUUCUGCAAAGACCUCUCCGGCCAAACAGCCCCCCCAGCCUGUCCGCAACCUGCACCAGUCUGGAUUCAGUCUGUCUGGUGCGCAAGUUGAUGAUAACAUUCCUCGACGCACCACCCAGCGCAUAGUGGCGCCCCCUGGUGGGAGGGCCAACAUUACCAGCCUGGGUUAAGCUCCAUCACCUGCUGACUGGGGAGGGGGCAGCCAGGAAGCAGAGGGGCCCAGCCCAGAGAACAUGCCCACCACAGGAGCUGCAUCUGAGAAGAUCCCUGCAAGAAUCCCACCCCCCCCACCCCCCUUGCCCCCUAACCACUCCACUUCAUUCAGCGCACUACACCCAUUAUCCCUCAUGGAGACACCUACAGAAGCAGUUUUUGAAGAAUUCAUGUUUUAGCACUCCAGACUGUAUUAUUUAGUGUUUUAUACUGUACCUAUCUACCUGCCAUACGCCAUUUUGAGUUUUGAAAAGGAAGAGUCAAGUGAAUUGGCGAAGUUUUAGUUUUUUUUACGUUUUAAAGGAAAAAAAUUAUUUGCACAGACAAUACUGCUGUUUUCGAAAGCCAGUGUGUUGAAGACUUAGCAGCCCUUGAGCAUCAGUGUAAUAGCCUGUUCUUUCCAGUGUUGUGCAGGAUGUAGGAAUUCCAGAGUGACUGGUUGUUUUCAAAUGCAUUUCAGUAACCAACUUCGGAAGCCGGUCCUGGUUUGCCGGGGUGCUCCUUUAACUUGCUGAUGGGGAAGUCUUGGAAAGCUUGCAGCCAUUGGCUCUGAGUGAAUAAUGCAUUUUGUUGUGUCUGAGAACUCUGCCUUGACAGUGCUCUCAUGUGUGAGGGCACUGGAAAGAGAUCUGAAGGAGCCGGAGGCUGAGAACCGGCCUGCCAUUCCUGCACAAUGGCGUCUGUCGAGAGAGCGAGACAGAAAAACAGUGAGGUGAAGGAUAUUUUGUUCCUACGACUGGCUCUGUUUCCUGACAUUUUUCUCUCGGAAGUCAGUGGUCAUAUGUUACCAGAGUAGCAAAUGGUUAUGCUAACCCUCCUUGUUUUGAUUAAACUCAAAAUUCAGGCCUCAGAAAUGCAGUAGUACAGUCUACACAGCCCUUUUUGUCUUUGCAUCACAGUAGCUAGGAGUAAGUUCAUUGUGGUGUUAACAUUUUGUGAUUAGGACCCCCAUGGAGACCAGACCCCAAUAUCUUGUGUUUCCAAGAAUGCAGACCCUGCUUGAGACUACCUGGGUAAUUCAAGUUGAAGUUCAAUGGAAAGGGAAUGUCAUUCCCAUCUUAUCCUCACCACUUCCAUAUAUUUUUCCCUGCCUCUUUGGCUAGAUUCAGAACCCAUGUAAGACAUGUUGAUAUCAGGGUUUUUGCUACAGAAGUAAAACAAUGCAGGUUGUAAACUGUAAAAACAACUUGUAACAACCAAGCGAAUGGCUGCUAGAAUUUCUGUAUCUGAUUAUAUCUGACUUUUGGUGGCAGUCAGUAUUACUGUUAUAUUUUCCCCAAACAUACAUGAUAGAUGUGGCUUUUCUGAGGAAAGGGACAGUUGAAAUCCAGCUUCUUUUCUGGUCCCAGGGAGCCAUAAAACCUUAAGGAAAUCACUCAAUCAAUAGCUCUGCAGAGCAAUCUGUUUUCCAUUUAGCAAAGCAAUUUUCCAGUUGUGACCGCCCCCCCUCCCCCUCCCCCUCCCCCUCCCCUUUGCAUGUUAGAGAAACAUUGGCAUCAGUAACUAAACAGUCUCUCCCAUACAGUGAUCUCUCCAUAGACAGCAGGGUUUUAGUAAUGCACAUGGGAUUGUGGAGUAACUGCCUUCUCUCCCCUGUCUGGUUGUUGUUUGCACUAUUUUGGUACCUCACUGCAUGCAGAUCAUUUGAAAGGGGUUUUAUGUUUACGUUUACGGCAGCUGUAGGUACGGGAUAGUGGCUUUCGGUGAUUGUGUGGUAGUCAUGUACAGGAGAUCCAUAGGGAUGGGUCUGUAGCAUUCUUGUUGCCAUUCAGACUUAAAAGACCAGUUGUCUGUACUAGUCUACUAGUUUCAGAUUAGCUUUCUGGCCAGUCCUUCGGCUAGCCGAGGCUCAGCAGUCUAGGAAAAUGAAUUCACUUCAGUCUUCCUUUUUUCUCAUAUCGAUGCACUUGAUAUUUCCAUUUUUUAUAUUUUGUUUUUAUGUUUUUACUCUGCAUUUGUGUUUUUUUUUUAGAGCACACAUUCUUAAAAACCUUGGCUGUUAGUGUUUAGGGCAAGUACCCUAUUUGCUUGCUUGGUGUAGUAUGGCACACAUCUCUAGGCAUUAGGACAACAGAGGGUUAAAACAGGUAAUUUCCUUGCAUCCAUCAGCUAAAGGACUGCACUACAAAAUCAGGCAAGCCUGCUCUCUCUCGUGACUAAAAAACAUUUCCCUUGCUUUUCCAUCCCUCCUUUUCCUGCCGCCUUUAACUCCAGCCAUCCCAUUGCUGCAGUCAGAGCGUUGCCAGGACAACAGGCCUAUGAGCCACUCUGGCUGUGCUCUUUGUUUGUCAUGACAACGCUACUGGAUCAGAAGUUGCCCCUAGCAACCCCGCUGGACCUGGUGCUAUUAGAACAACACUGUCUGCGGAAACAUGGCAGCUCUCUCGCCGCACCAUUUUACAGCCACACCCGUUGCACAAAGCCCCAUUACCGCUCUCAGACUCCCCUCAUGAGCAAUAGCUGCUUCCUCUCUGCUAGUCUCCAUUGGCAACCCCUGCAGUUUGGACUCAUUAUAGUUAGCAACGGAACCAUCGUAUAUCAGUUUAUAAUUUAAGUUGUGAAGGUCAGAUUUAUUUUUAUUUGUAUGUAUAUUUGUUGUUUCAGGGUUUUUUUAUAUUUCCGUUACUAAAAACACUUCCCUGACUGACUGUUUUCACAAUGAUUUGUAUCUUAACUAGAUGCUAUUUCAGAUGGAAGAGCUGUACUUUGUGUGUGCUUUCCUAUUGUGUAUAUAAUCCUGCCAGUCCCCCACCCACCACCCCCCCAUUUAACUGGUUGUUGGAUGGGGUUCUUGGCUCCUCUAUUGAGUUUGUCAUGUUAUAGCUAUUGGAACCGUGGAAUCAGGAGGGCUUGGAGGACCACAUCCCAUGAUCCCUGUGGGUGUGAAAGAGGACCAUCUGCCCUCAGUAUUUUGCCUCCCACUCAUCUCCCACACUUUCUUUAAGAGUCUGGUGUGAGCCAAAAUACCUGUCUUGAAUAAUGCAUGACAGAACACACCAGCGCUUGAUGCACAGGAACUCACGCAUUUGUGCUGAUUCUUCUGCACUCCACACUGCUGAACACUUCCCCCAUCUUGCCUUUUCACAUUUUUUUUCUGUUCCAUGCUAGUAUGUGAUGUAGGCAAAGUGCAGUUUGAGGUUUUGUUUUUCAUUUCUUUUUUUAAUUUGAUGUCCAUUUUUACCAUUCAUUUUCAGAAUCCUCAUAUUGCUACCCCUUUCCAGGCCAUUGUAAAAGUGAAACUGUUGAUGGUGUAUGUUUCGUAGGUUAUGGGAUUCAAGGAUGCUUUUCCCUGAAAGCAUCAGAUCCCAUUGAUGGUUACGUAAAAUGGUUGAAAAAAUUAAAAACAAAAUAAAAAUA